GCGUGGAUGUUUCAGGAGAGUCCGACGCUGUUUUGGACUGUGUACGGCCUCAUGACGGGCGAUGGAGACCGCCUGCUGGCACCUGUCAAUAUGAGUCUGCUCAGCCUGUUUGCUGUGCAUUAUAUCAACCGGGCGCUUAUCUAUCCCUUUCGGCUGAAGAGUAGCAACGGCACCCCUCUGACUAUUGUGGUCCUGGCCGGUUUAUUCUGUUCUGUCAACGGGUAUAUGCAGGCCAUGCAAUUAACUGAGAUCGCCGACUACGAAACUGAGUACCUCACCAGCCCUCAGUUUGUGUUCGGAGUGGCCAUGUUCUGCUGUGGCAUGUACAUCAAUAUUCAGGCCGAUGGCAUAUUACUCAAUUUGCGACACCCGGGACAAACUGAGUACUCCAUACCGCUCAGAGGGAUGUUUCGAUACGUCUCAGGGGCGAAUUUCUUGGGUGAGAUGGUGGAGUGGAUAGGGUUUGCCAUCGCCUCGAACUCCUUGCCAGCGACCGCAUUCGCUGUCUACACUAUCUGCAAUAUAUUUCCCCGAGCGCUUGCCCAUCACAAAUGGUACCAGUCCAAAUUCGGUAUAAAGUAUCCCAAGAGGAGGAAAGCCGUCAUACCGUUUGUAUGGUGAGCAAACCGAAGCGAAUCGUAUAAUUGAUGUGGUCAUAGUGGAUACUCUAUCUGAAACUUGACCUGAAUAAAGAAUCGAUUGGUAACAAUGUA